UGUACCAUGAACAAGAUUCGAAAGUUUUUCCGAGGAAGUGGGCGAGUCUUGGCAUUUAUAUUUGUGGCUUCUGUCAUCUGGUUGCUCUUUGACAUGGCAGCUCUCCGCCUCUCAUUCAGUGAGAUCAACACUAGGAUACUAAAGGAAGACAUCAUGAGAAGGGAGAAGAUAGGAUUCAGAGUCCAGCCAGACCAAAUGAAGAUCCUUUACAGUAACAUCAGAGAGAUGAGGCCUCCCCAGAAGGGGGCAUGGGGUAAGGAGAACUUUAGAAAGACUGAAGAAGGAGAACUCAAGGUUGAAAAGGAUGUGGACCAAGCCCGGAGGAAAAGAAAAAUGCAGAUUGCCUUGCAAAGGGGCAAAGUUGUGCCUUUGUGGCAUCCUGCACAUCUGCAGACCCUCCCAGUGACUAUUACCAUGCAGAAGAGGGAGGAGAGAGACAACAAGCCUGAAGUCUCCUCCCACCCUGUGACACCAAAGCAAACAACAGCUUCAGAGUUUCAGAAGACCUCACUUACAGCAGCAAGAGGGAUCCUAUUGCCCCAGAUAUCAGUGCUCACAGGAUCCUUCACAGCAAAUCAAGAGACCCAGAAGAAUCACAGCCUCAACAGUGGCACAACAAAAGCAGCAUCUAAAAAGGACCUAAAUGUGACCAUCAAUCUCAGGACUGACAAAUCAAAGCAGCAAUCAGAGGCAACAGCAAAUUCUUCUAGGACAUUCCCUGCCAACCCACCAAUUCUGAAAUUUGGGGAAACCGUAGCCAUAAAUAAAACUCAGGCUCAGAGCAAAGAACUAAAUGCAUAUAAACACAAAAUCCAUAAAGCCCUUCCUUUUUUCAAGUUCAUUACUGAUUCAAAUCACUUAAAGAAGCAAUCUAUGAACAAGAAACAGUUGGGAGGUUUGCCAAAGGAGGAUGGGGCCAAAGUGGCACCAGGGAAGAAACUCAAUUCCUCUGAAAGUCAUGCUGUCAUUAUAACAAAGGAGGGGGACCUGAAGACAGAGACCAAAAAGGUGUUUAAGUCUAAAAUCAAAGCUAUAUUUCCUAAAGUACUGGGUAGAAGCAAAGGUAAACAUGUCCCCCAGAACCAAAGAGAGAUGUCUUCCCUGCCACCAGCUUUACAGAGAGCUGUGCUAUCUCAGAACAAAACCUUAUAUGGAGGACUGGAGCCAGCAAGAAGCAACUUGACUUCCAAAAUCCAGGCUGAGGCACACCAGAAAAGUCACACAAAUACCCCUUCAUCUGAAAACCCUGGAAGGCACCGUGUGUUGAGAAUAGAUGUGACACUUUCUCCAAGGGACCCCAAAGCUCCAGGUCAGUUUGGGCAUCCUGUAGCUGUUCCCCCUGGAAAGAAAAAGGAGGCAGAACAAAGAUGGAAAGAAGGAAACUUCAAUGUCUACCUUAGUGAUUUGAUUCCAGUGGACAGAGCCAUUGAAGACACACGGCCUGCUGGGUGUGCAGAGCAGCUAGUCCAUGAUAACCUCCCAACCACCAGCGUCAUCAUGUGCUUUGUGGAUGAGGUAUGGUCUGCUCUCCUGAGGUCUGUUCACAGCGUCCUCAACCGUUCUCCUCUGCACCUCAUCAAGGAGAUUCUGUUAGUGGAUGACUUCAGCACUAAAGAAUACCUAAAAGCUAAUUUGGAUAAAUACAUGUCUCAGUUUCCAAAAGUACGGAUUCUUCACCUCAAAGAGAGACAUGGCUUAAUAAGAGCACGGCUGGCAGGGGCACAGAAUGCAACAGGUGAUGUGUUGACAUUUCUAGACUCUCAUGUGGAAUGUAAUGUUGGUUGGUUGGAACCUCUUCUGGAAAGAGUUUAUUUGAAUAGAAAAAAAGUGGCCUGUCCAGUAAUUGAGGUCAUCAAUGACAAGGAUAUGAGUUACAUGACAGUGGACAACUUUCAAAGAGGCGUUUUCACGUGGCCCAUGAACUUUGGCUGGAGAACAAUUCCUCCAGAUGUUGUUGCAAAGAACAGAAUUAAAGAAACUGACAUAAUAAGGUGCCCAGUCAUGGCAGGUGGAUUAUUUUCUAUUGAUAAAAGUUACUUUUUUGAACUUGGAACUUAUGACCCUGGUCUUAAUGUUUGGGGUGGAGAAAAUAUGGAGCUGUCAUUCAAGGUAUGGAUGUGUGGUGGUGAAAUCGAAAUCAUCCCAUGCUCCAGAGUGGGCCACAUAUUCAGAAACGACAAUCCGUAUUCCUUCCCUAAAGACCGCAUGAAGACAGUGGAGCGGAAUCUGAUGCGGGUGGCUGAGGUCUGGCUGGAUGAGUACAAGGAGCUCUUCUAUGGCCAUGGUGAUCAUCUCAUAGACCAAGGGCUGGAUGUGGGCAACCUCACCCAGCAAAGGGAACUUCGGAAGAAACUGAACUGCAAAAGUUUCAAGUGGUACUUGGAAAAUGUCUUUCCUGACUUGAAGGCUCCCAUUGUGAGAGCUAGUGGUGUGCUUAUUAAUGUGGCCUUGGGGAAAUGCAUUUCCAUUGAAAAUACCACAGCCAUCCUGGAUGACUGUGAUGGGAGCAGCAAGCUUCAACAGUUUAAUUAUACCUGGUUAAGACUUAUCAAACAUGGAGAAUGGUGCUUAGCCCCCAUCCCAGAAAAAGGAUCCCUGAGUCUGCACCUUUGUGACAACAGAAACAACAGACUCAGGUGGCUGCACAAAUCAGCAUCAGCCUUUCACCCAGAACUGGUGGAGCACAUUGUUUUUGAAAACUACCAUCAGUUAUUAUGCAUGGAAGGAAAUUUUUCUCAGAAGACCCUGAAAGUAGCUGCUUGUAAUCCAGUGGUACCAAAUCAGAAGUGGAAAUUUGAAAAAUACUAUGAAGACUAAAGAAAAAUUGUUUUAUCUAAUUAGCCCAUUCGAUACCACGAAAAUGACAGCAAACUUGGCGACUGCAAUUCUCUGUGGUAGUUUGAGUUUUUGGUUUUAAUAGCAUUUGAAUGGAAGAAUUUUUAAAAUCACGAUAUUUGGAGUAUCUAAAGAUAAAUCAGGGAAAUAGUCCGCCAUUAGACUGGAGUCCUCCUUCAACCCUGGGUGGCCUUUGGAAUUGUUUAUUUCCUGCCCUUUGCUGUAAUUCAUCCUGCAAGCCUUCCUCAUAUACUCUCACAGGUAACCAGAAACGAAGAUAGAUAACAAUGCAAUUACCAUGAGUGAUGACAGCCAGUCAGCUGCUGGCCCACAAGUAGAGGUAAAACCAGUGAUGACCUGGUCCUUUAUAGAUUGUUGUCUUACUGAAUACCAACUGCAUGUGUCCUAAUGACUGGAAGACUCUACUAGAUGCACAGAGACGCAAACUUGUUGAAAUGCCUCCAGGGUACAGGAGUGUUCAGCUGACAGACUGAAGUAGUGCUGAUCAGCCAUCACUGACCCCUCCUAAUGGCAGAGGGUUGAUUUAGAUGACCACAUAGUGUUUUCUCCAUAAUCUGAAUCAGUGGAGAAAGUUUUAAGUGGGAAAUAAGAGAUGUUAAUGUGCUCAAUUCU